AUGACAGAGGAUGCUGCUUUUAGGAGCGACCUGGUGUUGAUGCCCUCUCAGUACACCACGAUUCCCCCAGCCAGGGAGACAAAGAGGCAUAUGACACAUCAGAGUAAGGCUUCAGCUGAGGUUUAUCACCCCGUCACCCUGCCCAACCUGACUGAGACUGGGAUCCGAGAAGCCCUGCUAACCUGGGUAAAAACCAACCCCUUCCUGCCUCCCAUUGCAGCAAGAGAGAUGCUCUUCACCGCCGUGAACCAUGAAAUGGCAUACAUUUACAAACUUGAGUCCUUCACUGAGCAAAGGUCUGUGUGUGUGCGCUUUGAACCCUGUCUGACAACUGCACCACUCGCAUCAUCAGAGGGACGGAGAGAACCACAGCCGUGGAAGGUUAAGGUCACCCCAGCCAAGAUGUUCACCAACCAGGUCUAUAACUACCGCCUCAUGCACACAGACUCCCACAGCAGCUGUCGGCUCUGCCAAGGUGAGAAGUGGCUGCCCUGUGAUCGGUGCUCUGGGUCAGCACGGGUCCGUUGCUCAAGCUGUCGUGGGCGUGGUUCUAGUGGGAGGCUGUGGCCGAGGGCCUGCAGCAGGUGCCAGGGGCAACGGCUUAUGCCCUGUCCGUUCUGUAUGUCACUUGGCCAGGUGUGCUGCGAGAUGUGUCUGGGAUAUGGUCGGCUCUGCUUCUUUAAGGAGCUGAGAGUGGAGUUCCGUGCCCACGCUCAGUCCCGCUUACAGGGUGGCUGUAGCAUACCUGACAAAAAGCUAUUAAGAGCCGCAGGUGAAGUGUUACACAGCAGUGUGGCAGAGACUGUCCCACCCCUCAUGACUUUCCCAGUGUCAGAGGUCAACGCAGCCUCGAGACAGCUGAUGGAGGAGUGUCACGGCCUGUGGCCUGACUGUCGGAUCAUACAGCAGAGACAUCUGCUAAAGGCUGUGCCCAUCGCGCAUGUGCAGUACACAUGGAGGAACUCUUAUGGAAACUUUUACGUCUAUGGAGCAGAGAGGGCUGUUUACUUCCCCAACUACCCACGCCCAAAGAUCUGCUGGUGCUGCCUGUAG